AGUGUACUAAAUCCAAGUCACUAGGCCCAAAGAAGAAUUUGAGCCCAAAAUCCAAAUUAACCAACUUCAGUUGCAAAGGAGAGGGAUCCGUUGGGAGAGAAACAAAUUUUCAUUCUUAAUCAUUCUCUUCAAUUUGACUCUUCUCUUGAGGUCUGAGGAUCAGAAUAAUGAUAAGUGAGAUGAUUCUACCUCCAGCAUCAUCUCUUUCUCCUUCUGUGAUAAGUUAUUUGGAUACAAAGCUCCGUACAAAACAUGAUCAAGAAGCUUCAUCUAGCCUGCUUCUGGAGUUAGAAUCUGAGUGCAACGGCUUGGAAAAAACUCUUUCUGAUCUUAACCACAUCCUCGAAUCUCGUUUAUUCUCUUACGCCUCUUUCUCUUCUCAAUUUGCUACUCACCUCACUUCCGUUAAAGCCAAUCUAUCGGAUCUUCAUUCUUAUACAGCACUCUCUGCCGGCGAUUCUAGUUUAUCAGAUGGAACAGGGAGAUCAGAGCUACCGGCUCUUGCCAAGGAAGUGGCUAGGGUGGAGGCUGUCCGUCUUUAUGCUGAGACGGCUUUGAAAUUGGACACCUUGGUUGGUGACAUUGAAGAUGCUGUAUCAUCUGUGGUGAACAGAAAUCUAAGAAAACAUCCAUCCUCGCGUAAUUUAGAGGAUGUACGCCUCAUUGCCAUUAAAGCUCUAAAACAGGCAGAAGAUAUAUUAGCUUGGGUUACUAAAGCACGCCCUCAGUGGGCACGUCUUGUGUUGGCUGUUGACCACAGAGUUGAUAGGGCCUUAGCCACUUUGAGACCACAAGCAAUUGCAGAUCACCGCUCCCUUCUUGUAUCACUUGGAUGGCCACCUUCUAUCUCUUCUUCUAGUACAAUAGAUACUGAUAAAAAGAAUUCAGCUGCCGUCUCAAAUCCACUAUUUUCGAUGCAAGGUGAACUUAAACGCCAGUAUUGUGAAAGUUUUCUUGCAUUAUGCAGUCUGCAGGAAUUGCAAAUACAGCGAAAAUCUCGGCAACUUGAGGGGCAUAAUUUGGAAGUUGCUCUGUGCCAACCAUUGUGGACUAUUGAAGAGCUUGUGAAUUCUUUGUUUAUAGCAUCCCAGCGCCAUUUCUCAAAAUGGGUUGAUAAGCCGGAAUUCAUUUUUGCUCUUGUAUAUAAAAUUACUCGGGAUUAUGUGGACACCAUGGAUGAUUUAUUGCAACCACUGGUUGAUGAAGCAAUGUUAUUAGGAUAUAGUUGUAGGGAAGAAUGGAUCUCAGCGAUGGUAUCUUCUCUAUCCACUUAUUUGGCGAAAGAGAUAUUUCCUGUAUAUGUUGGUCAGUUGGACGAAGAUGUUGUCACUGGAAUACAAUCACAAGCUCGAAUAUCUUGGCUAAAUCUUAUUGACUUGAUGAUUUCUUUUGAUAAACGAGUCCAUUCUCUGAUAGUUCAAUCUGGAAUUCUGGUCUCUCUUCAGGAAGAGGGAAAUAUGCAGAAGCUGACUUCUUUACAAGUCUUCUGUGAUCGACCUGACUGGCUUGAACUCUGGGCUGAAAUAGAACUGAAUGAGGUACUUGAUAAAUUGAAGUUAGAAGUGGAGGAUGAGAGAGGUUGGUCAAUGGAUGUUCAAGGAGCAGCCGUUCUUUUUGGUGCAGAAGAAUAUAAAUCUCCUGCAAUAUCUGGUGCUUUUCUUGACCGGUUGUCUUCUUUAAUUGAUCGUUGUCGGUCAAUACCUAGGAUAUCAUUAAGGUCGAGGUUUGUUAGAGUUGCAGGGGCACCUGUAAUAUAUAAGUUCUUGGACUCUGUAUCUCUCAGGUGCCAAGAAGCUGAGGGGCUAACUGCCUUGACUGACGAUGCUGCUUUAAUUAAAGUUACAAGGUCUGUUAAUGCAGUUCGCUACGUGGAGACAGUUUUGAAAGAAUGGUGUGAGGAUGUCUUUUUUCUUGAGAUGGGGCUGAAAGAAGCGGAGUCAUAUGGGACAUCAUUUGCAGAGAAUAGUAUCAAUGAAGUUUCAAUGGGAGAUAUUGGAUGUGGUAUUCUAGGUGAAGAAAUUAGAAAACUUGAAGAAUUCAGGGUAGAAUGGAUUGAAAUGUUAUCAACUGUGGUAUUGAGGGGUUUUGAUGCUAGAUGUCGAGAUUAUAUUAAGAACAGGAAGCAAUGGCAGGAAAGAAGUGAAGAAGGCUUGGUUGUAUCAAGAUCAUUGGUUGACGCGCUAGAUUAUCUUCAGGGAAAAGUAUCGGUGUUGGAAGGGAGUUUAAAUAAGAUGGACUUUGUUGGGCUGUGGAGAAGUCUGGCAAGUGGGGUGGAUAAAUUGAUAUUCAAUGGAAUUCUCUUCAGCAAUGCUAAGUUCCAUGAUGGUGGCACCGAGAGGUUUGGUAAUGAUUUGACAGUUCUCUUUGGUGUUUUUGGGGCCUGGUGUUUGAGACCCGAAGGCUUCUUCCCCAAAAUUAGCGAGGGCCUGAGGUUACUAAAAAUGGAUAAAAAUCAACUUCAGGGAAGUUUAGCAGGUGGGGAAGUGUGGCUUAAAGAAAAUGGGAUAAGGCAUUUGAGUGUUGCUGAGGCAGAAAAAAUUGCUAAAAACAGGGUGUACAACAGCUGAAGGCUUCCUUUUUUCUUUUUUCUUUUAAACUGAAAUCUUGAAAUUAUUCCGAUGGUAGAGUGACCCAUCAAGCUAGGACAGACUGAUAUGUUGCAAUAUCAAUCUAGUCUUUUGUGGCUUCUUGUGUUCUAAAUUUAAACUGACCAUCACUAAACUGUAAUUUACAAAUCACAGAUUUCAAAUGUUGAUGAUUUAGUGAA